AUGUCGCAAACGGCAGAUUCCUCGCCCAGAGGCUCCAACUCUCCUUCCCCGUAUCCGUAUCAGGCAAGCGGCGGCGCAAACAAUCUCGAUAGCGUCAUCGCCUCUGCCCGUGCUGGCCCCUCCUCACGCAGGAACCUCCUAGAUGCAGACAUGGAGGAUCGAUCCGACUCUCCCGCCGACUUUGCGGCACGUAGAGGCUCUCCGCAACCUCGCGCUCCGCCUUCACCCUCGAGCACCUCGGUAUCCGACGAUGGCACAGCCCAGGAGGAUUUCGCCGACCUCGCCUCCAUAGACGACGCCGACACCAAGCGUGGCACCGUCGAACGCGCCUUCGACCCGGCAGCCGUCCGCCUAUCUCGUAGAGGCACCCUCAUACCCGCAUCACCUACCUCUUCCAACGGCACAUGGAUCUACCAGGAUGCGCCGCUCAGUACUGCUUCCAGCCUUCCCCAUGAGAUCCUUCUCCACAUUUUCAAGUACCUCGUCCUCUAUCCACCCGACCUCCUUUCCUGUCUGCUCGUCUGCAAGUCCUGGUGCUUGAACGGCGUCGAGCUGCUAUGGCACCGACCCGCACUCUUCAAGAUAUCGUCUUUGUUCAAAUUGGUCGGCGUCAUUCGCAAGCCAGAGCAGCUCUUCCCGUAUGCCAAUUUUGUCCGCAGGCUCAACUUCACGCUGCUUGCCAACCAGCUCGAGGACCAGCUCUUCCUCAUGAUGUCGGCUUGCACGCGUCUCGAGAGGCUCACCCUUACAGGCUGCUCCAACAUCACCGAUGCCACCCUCGUCAAAGUAUUCCAAAACACACCGCAGCUCGUCGCCAUCGACCUCACCGACGUAUCCGACAUUUCCGACGACACGCUGCUCACCCUCGCCGCCAAUUCUCCCAAAGCGCAGGGUAUCAACUUGACCGGCUGCAAAAAGAUCACAUCCAAGGGUGUUGCGGCUCUCGCCCGCAGUUGCAAAUUGCUAAGGCGCGUCAAGCUGUGCGGAUGCGACAGCGUCGAUGACGAGGCGCUCCUCGCCCUUACAGAGCACUGCCCUUCCUUGUUGGAGGUCGAUCUCAUCCACUGUCCCAAGAUCUCGGACAAGUCGGUCAGGGAAAUCUGGACAAGAAGUUUCCAGAUGCGCGAACUCAGGCUAGCUCACUGCGCCGAUUUGACCGACAAUGCUUUCCCUUCCGCACGCGGCACCACAGGCGUUCCCAUGCUGGGCACGUCCCACUCGCACGGCUCGCGUUCGGCCAUGGGUGCUGCGUUCGUGAGCGAUUCGGCUCCCACGAGUCGAGGAGCAUCGCCGGGCGUCGGCAUGACGAUGGACGCGAGACGCGACACUGGCCUCACACGCUCCGCCAGCAUUCCCAGCGAGAUUGCUCAAGGUCGUCUUUUCGAUCACCUGCGCAUUUUGGACCUCACCAGCUGCACCUCGAUCUCCGACGACGCUGUCGAAGGCAUCGUGGCAAAUGUACCCCGUCUCAAGAACCUCGCUCUCACCAAGUGCACGCGCCUCACAGACGAAGCGCUGUACAGCAUCGCCAAGCUCGGCAAAAAUUUGCACUACUUGCAUCUCGGACACGUUUCCAACAUUACGGAUCGCGCCGUCACCCACCUUGCACGCUCUUGCACCAGGUUGCGCUACAUCGACGUUGCUUGCUGCCCCAAUCUUACCGACCUGUCGGUCACUGAGAUCGCCAACAACAUGCCCAAGCUUCGGCGCAUCGGUCUGGUCAAGGUGAUCAACCUCACCGACCAGGCCAUCUACGGCCUGGUGGAUCGAUACAACUCGCUUGAGCGCAUCCAUCUCUCUUACUGCGAAAACGUCUCGGUCCCUGCCAUCUUUUGCGUGCUGCAAAGAUUGGGUCGCUUGACGCAUCUGAGUCUGACGGGUGUCCCUGCAUUCCGGAGGCCAGAGCUGCAAGCCAUGUGCCGAGCGCCACCCAAGGAUUUCAACGAACACCAGAGGCAGGCAUUCUGCGUCUACAGCGGUAAAGGCGUGCACGAUCUACGCAAAUUCUUGCAGCGCGUGUACAGUGAUGAACAGCUAGCAGCCGAAUUCGGCCAGCUCGAGCCGAGGGCGAGGAAUGCGCUCGGUGGGCUGGGAGACGCUCCCCUUGGCGGCGCCAACGGACUGGGCAAUGGCAACGGUCAUCAUGCAUAUCAUGCCGCGGCGGCAGCCUUUGGAGGAGCAGCAGGGAUACCAUUCGCUCAACCUCAGCUUCAGCAAGGAGCGCCACCACUGGGCUUGGUCGGUGCGGCACCGGCGUCAGCGCCCAAUGCAGCCGCAGGCCUCUACCCGCCACCCCUCGCUGGCGCCAUGGCCGCGGGCGUGGGUGUCCCACGCCGCCGUCAACUCACAGCAACCGAGCAGAUGUACUACGAGCAACAGCGCCAGAUAGCACGCUAUGCAAACGCUCGACGUGCAGCUGAGGAUGCCACUCUGCUCAAUCGAGCCAGUUCCACCGACGGUGGGAACCAUCGCAUUCUCACCGAGGCCCAGGAGACGAGAAAUCCAGGAAUGCCGCUGGUGGCGCCUGCUCAAGCUCAGCCGAUGGCCGAAGAUGAAGUGUUGGAUGAGGGCGACGACGAUGACGUCGAGGAGUAUGGUACGCCUGAACCACACGAUCGUAGCUAUCCGCACCAGCAACAGCACCAGCCGCCCACGGUAGUAGCACCGGAAGAAGACAUGGUUCCGGACAGGGAUGAGCUGCGUGCGCUGAGGGGGGCGAGGUUUGGCGCUGCCUGA